AUGCCAUGGACCUCUCACUUCCAAGUCCAUCACAGCACGCCGCGGACCGUCUCAGUGCUAGACUCCUCUAACGGGAAAGACACAGUUGGCGCAGUCAAUGCGGCCUUCUCAGAACUAAUCAACAUCUGCAUCGAGCAGAACCUCUUCCACAUUCUAGAUGGCAAACACAGCGAACCGUUCGCCAUCCCGGGGCGCAUAUAUUACGGCGUACACCAACCCCCCCGAGGGAGAGAUGAAGCUCUGGAUCGGCCGUCGCGCGGCUCAUUUUAUACGAGUCCCGGGAUGCUAGACGGGACCGUAGCAGGGGGCAUCAAAGCGGGCUCCAGUCCCCUCGAGACCAUCAUCCACGAAGAAGACGAGGAGGCCUCUCUUCCGGAGAAACUAGGGCUUAUCAUUCCCGAUAUCAUAUACGUCCACGACCUCGAGCUUCCUAGCGAUGUCGUUCCGAAGCCAAAUGAUGACGAGGUUGAAACGUUCUAUUCUAUGACUGUUGAGGAAGUGCAGAAGGGCCUGCUGAAUGGAGAGUUCAAACCUGAUUCGGCGGCUGUGCUUAUUGACUUCUUCAUCAGACAUGGUGUUAUUACGGCUGAUAAUGGGAAGGAUUUUAUUGAGUUGAGCAUGCGGUUGCAUCGAAGACUACCUUUUAGGACCCCUUGA